ACAUAGAGCUGAGCUAUUUUUGCUCAUCACUAAGGUGGACAUUUGUUUACGGCACGUGUUGGUGGCAAAAACAUAGUUUUAAAAAAAUAUAUUACCAAAAUGGAUAGUGAGGCGGAUGACUAUGACCCCACCGACUCUGAGCAGGAGUACGAUGAGGAUGAGCGCGAGAUAUUGAAUGAUUUGCGUAAAGAGCGAAAGAAGAAAGCAGACAAACUAAAAAAUCAGAAACUGGAUGUUCUAUCAUUCAGCGAUAGCGACGAUGAUGAUGAGGAUGAGGACGUUGUGGGCAACCUGAUGCGCGACAGCGACAUUGAAGGUGCCGAGGAUGAUGAUGGCGAUCUGCCGGAUACCAUGGACUGGGGCACUAAUAAGAAAGCCUACUAUAAUACCGAUUUCGUGGAUCCCGAUUACAGCAGCUACACGGCCCAGGAGGAGGACAUGGCAAAGGCAGAGGAGGAAGAAGCCAAAAAGAUACAAUUACGUUUAGUCAAGCAAUUAACGGAAGCGGAUUUCAAGCUAGAUGACAUGACGGUGCCGGCCGAUGAUCAGAAUAAAGACGUCGCCGUAAAGAGUAUUACGGUGACCAGAGAUCUUAAAGGCCUAACGGAACGCGAGCGUCUACAAUUACUGCAAAAGGACUCACCUGAAUUCGUUGGCCUCACCCAAGACUUUCAGCAACAUCUAAGCGAAGUGCAACAGCUGACGGCGCCAGUUCUGAACUAUGUGCGCAAUCAUCAGGUGCCCAUGGUGCCGGCCCUGCAGUUCGCCUUGCUCUAUCAGAAUGUCCUGCUUACCCACUGCUCAAAUGUAUCAUUCUACCUGCUGCUGAAGGCCAAACGCAGCAGCAUCAAAUACCAUCCGGUGGUUAAGCGACUGGUGCAGCUCAAGCAGCUGCGCGAACAGUUAGCUCCACGCUAUGAGGAGUACAUACGACCGCAGUUAGAGGCGCUCCUAGAGCGUAUACAGGAUGGGGACGCAUUCACCGUGCUGGAUGCAGAACAGCGCAAGGCCAAGCUGCAAAUGCUCAACAAAUACAAUGGCACAGGAGCAACAAGGGCCAGCGAAUACAAGGAACCAAAUGACGAGGACAAUGCCGAUGCUGAUAAUGAUGAUGAAGAAGAUGAUGAAGAUGAUGAUGACCUUGACGAGGAAGAGCAGCUGCUGGAGAAGGCGCUUGAGGAUGAGAAUGAGCGACGCGGCAUUACCUAUCAAAUGGCCAAGAACAAGGGCUUGACGCCGGCUCGCAAAAAGGAGCUGCGUAAUCCGCGUGUCAAGCAUCGCGGUAAAUAUCGUAAGGCGCUCAUCCGUCGCAAGGGAGCUGUGCGCACCGUACGCAAGGAAACCAAAAGAUACGGCGGCGAAAUAUCUGGCAUUAAGGCCACCGUUACCAAGAGUGUCAAAUUCAAAACGUAAUCCUCAUAUACCGUUAGGCUAUGUAAGCGCACCCCCUCCAAAACCUAUUAAAAUCUUGUUCCCAAAUCAAAA